AUGGCUACUGCACACUCCGUCAUCGCCACACAUGCGUCUACUUCCAUGGCUCAGCCGUGUCGGCAUCCUCAACAGUCGACUACAGAGCUCCGAAGGCAAGGAGAAAUGUCUAGUUCAUCUAGUUCGAGCACCCACAACGUACCGGUGACCCUCGACUCGAAAGAAGUCCUGCCUUCUCCAUCCCCAAGUCAGGAGCCAGCAGUAGCGAUGCGCGUUGCUCCCGAUGCGGGCGAUACAACGGAUACAACUGCACCACUAAAGACUGCUCCUGACACUGGCGGGGAGCACGUCGCUUCGUCCUCGCACACACCGCAACGCUGUGUGGCUCGCCGCCACUCCGCAUCACCGAGUGGCUCAACGCCACCUCAGACGAGUGCCGACGCCACUCCGGUGGUCCAUACCCCCUUACUCCCAUUUGCCAGCAUACCACCACUUCCUUACACACUCGAAGACAUCCUCUAUCUUCAGGAAGUACUCCCCUGGGAGGAGUUCCAAGAAUUGGGAUCAAGAGAGGUUGAUUGGGAGGACCACAGCAAACUCCCUGACGCAGGGGACGGUUUGGAACAUGACGAUUUUUGGAAUUUCUUCAACCCAGAGGGUUCAGCGGCAUUCGGGCAUGUCAGUCCGCUCGCCUCUCAACAACUCUCUCCUGCACACGCUCUCGGCUUCAGGACGGCACCGACAGAGUACAAGCAGCCAAAAUGUCGCGGUCCUUCUGAGAGCUAUUGGAUUGCAAGCGACAGCGCAUCCACGCAAGCUCCGCCAGUCCUACGGAAGACAGAUCACUGCAACUUGAGUGACUCGGAGAAUCGUGUUCCUGAAGAUGCUAGGGCAGCAGGGAUGUUCAUGGGGUCACAUAACAGAAGGUCUCAGAGCGCGAAAGCACCUACGAAUGGGGACUUGAAUGCAUCCCCCAGCUUUGCCUGCGGAUCAUCUUCCGUAAAUAGAGAGCCGCUCGCCGCUGCCUUAUUGAACACGGGUGACUAUGUAUUGCCCGCUGUAAUCAGUGGGUAUGACUUUAGGGGCGUAACAUAUGGCGCUGCCUCUUUGCCGGCUGGAGCUACCUUAUCAGCAGGUGCUCCUCUGCCCUCCAACGAUGUACCAUUCGUCGUCUAUCCCGCCAUCCGUUCCUCUCCGAAGCAGGAACAUGAGCAGUGGUCUUCUCUGCCGGAGACCAAGCACUGCACACCUUCUGUCGGACGCGAUGUGUCGCAGAGCCCGAUAAACACUGCGGCCGCGACACAUAAACGACCAAGAACACCCGCAGCCCCAGCAUUGGUCGGAGGACCUGUCUCGCGGGAUCGUCCACCGACUACAUCCUCAUCCGCGUCCUCUGGAUCUGACGGCUCGGAAGUCGAAAUAUCCGACGACUUACGCGUCGCUUCAACGGACUUGAUUACUUGCCAAUGGAGACACAUAGUGCCUGGGUUUCCGCCCUGCACCCAUUCUUGCAGCCCGCUGGACAUGUGGAUGCACAUCCGCACGGCUCAUGUGCUCGGUAAUCGCUGCAAGUGGGGCGAGUGCGACAGAACGGGUGGCUUUUCCAACCUCAAAAGGCAUGCUGAGCGUGAUCACCUCUGCAUAAAGUGGAGAUGUCCUUCAACCAGAUGCGACCUCUCACUCUCCAGGUUUGAUUCGCUCGCGCGACACCUCAAGACGAAGCAUUAUUGCACCUCUGGUGACGCUGUCGAAGAAGAUGAUGAGAUUGAGUCAGCUCGUAGCGGCUUAAAGGGCUCACAAGAAGCACAAAGGCCUCAGAGGGCCUCCAAAGCUGGCCGCAAACGGCCUGCGGACGAGAACUUGGAUCAAUCCUCGCGGAAGAAGCCAUACAAACACAUCCGAUCCCAAUAA